AUGAGAGUCAGAGGAUCAGAAACUCCUCCUCCAGCAGCAGGUGAUGUCAGCAGCUCUUUAAAAGCACCACCUCCAGCAGGUGUCCACACAGCCUCCCAAACUCAGUUCAUGAUGAAGAGCAGAAACAACCGCGCCAGCAGCCACCUGACGGGGCAAGUGGAGAUAGAGUGUGUAGGAAAUGGGGCGUGGGUGAACCAGGCCUACUGUGGGACCCCUCCACCCAUCCCACGAGUCAUCAGCACCAUCUACGACCCUCAGCCCAACUUCCAAAACUCCGUGGACGACAUCUACAAAGCGGACAUCCCAUUUCCCAAGCCCCAGGAGCCCUCUGCAGCCAGGCCAAGGAAGAAACACCGAGGCUGCUGCUCGUUUAUCAAAGGUUUGUGGGGAACCACUCUGACUGAGAACACUUCUGACAACAGGGAGCUGUUUGUCCGCACCACUCUGCGAGAGUUAGUGGUCUACCUGGUGUUCCUUGUGGAUAUCUGCCUCUUGACUUAUGGGAUGACCAGCUCCAGUACGUACUAUUACACCAAAGCUAUGACCGACCUGUUCGUCAACGCGGCAGGAGAAAGCGGAGUAAAGUUUCAAUCUAUUGGCACCAUGGCUGAUUUCUGGGAUUAUACUCAGGACCCGUUACUUAAUGGACUCUACUGGACCAGAUGGUACAAUAAUCAGUCCAUGGAAACAGGAGAACAGUCCUUUAUCUACUAUGAGAACAUGCUUCUGGGAGUCCCAAGAAUGAGACAAAUCAAGAUGAAGAAUAAUUCUUGCACAGUGCACAAAGAUUUUCGUGACGAGAUCUCUGGCUGUUUUGAUGUUUAUGACGAGAAGAAGGAGGAAGGUCUGAACUUUGGUCUUAUCAAUGGCACAGCAUGGACUUACCACACAGAGAAACAGAUCAAUGGCUCGUCUCACUGGGGGCUGCUGACCACCUACAGCGGAGCAGGGUUCUAUCAGGACCUGGGCCGCACCAAGGACGAGAGCAGCGAGGUCCUGAGAGAGCUGAUCUCCAACCUGUGGCUGGACCGAGGAACCAGGGUGGUCUUCAUCGACUUCUCCACCUACAAUGCAAACAUCAACAUGUUCUGUGUCAUCAGGUUGGUCGUGGAAUUCCCAGCCACAGGUGGAGCGAUUCCUUCCUAUCAGAUCCGCACCGUCAGGCUCAUUCGUUACAUUACCAAAUGGGAUUUCUUCAUCCUUGGCUGCGAGAUGGUCUUCUGCGUGUUUAUACUGUAUUACAUGGUGGAGGAGAUUCUGGAGCUGAGAAUACACAAGUUUUCCUACUUCGGAAGCAUCUGGAACAUACUGGAUAUCGUCGUUAUACUUCUUGCUGUCGUAGCCAUCGUUUUCAACAUCUUCCGCACAGUCAAAGUGGACAAGUUACUCGGAAAUCUUCUCAAAAACCCUGACAUUUAUGCAGAUUUUGAAUUUCUGGCAUUCUGGCAAACACAGUAUAACAACAUGAAUGCUGUGAAUCUGUUUUUUGCCUGGAUAAAGAUUUUUAAGUACAUAAGCUUCAAUAAAACAAUGACUCAGCUGUCCUCCACACUGGGCCGGUGCGCUAAAGACAUCAUGGGAUUUGCCAUAAUGUUCUUCAUUGUCUUCUUUGCCUACGCACAACUUGGCUAUUUGCUUUUUGGGACAGAAGUGGAGUCUUUCAGUACUUUUGUCAAAUGCAUCUUUACACAGUUCCGGAUUAUCCUUGGAGACUUUGAUUACGAUGCUAUUGAUCGUGCAAACAGAGUGCUUGGGCCAAUAUACUUUCUGACCUAUGUUUUCUUUGUCUUCUUUGUCCUUCUGAACAUGUUUCUAGCGAUCAUCAAUGACACGUAUUCAGAGGUGAAGGAGGAGCUGUCGUCCCAGAAGGAUGAGCUGCAAUUCACCGAUAUCAUCAAACAGAGCUAUAUGAAGACAUUCACUAAGCUGAAACUCAAAAAGGAGAAAAUAUCAGACGUUGAAAAAGCUCUUCGCUCGGGAUCCGGUGAAAUUGAAUUCAAAGACUUCAGAGAGACCCUGAAAGAGAUGGGCCACGCCGAUCACGAGAUAUCUGCAGCCUUCUCACAGUUUGACCGAGAUGGAAACCAGAUUCUGGAUGAAGCAGAACAAGAGAAGAUGAAGAAAGAGCUGGAAGAGAAGAGAGACGCUCUUUCUGCUGAACUUAACAACCUCGGGACCAAAUAUGAGAAGGAUUUACACGAGAAGACUCCAGUGACAACCAAUGAGCAUAAAAGACUUGGAAGUCAAACAUUUAUUGAUCGAGAACAAUUUCUAAGACUGUCACGGCAUGUUCUCCAUCUCGAAAGCUCUGUGUCCAACAUCUCAUCUAGACUUGCCUUGAUCAUGGAAAAAGUGGGAUUAGAAGAUUUACCUGGAACCAGUAACUUCCAGACUGAUCUGUCGGUCCCAGGCACUAGUGAUUUGUCGCUGCAAACGUCUAAAAUUUACCCAGAUUUACAGGGCCAUAUGUGA